AGACGGAGUACCUGGAGUUUCCGAGCCUCCUCCGCCCCUGAGUGGGGGGAUGUGCCACCCUCGCACGCUCUGCUAUACCGCGGGGCCACAACGUCACCCUCCCCACAACAACCCCCUCCCCGUGCCCCGCCGGCACGGACACAGCCACCCGCCGCCCGGAGCGGGGUGCCGCCGCCGAGGCCGCUUGCGGAGAGGAAGGGACGGAGGAAACCCCACGUCACUGGCAGGGCUACCUGUGACCCCGCCUCACCUCCCGCUGGCAGCUCGUCAGCAGGACACCGAGGGGAGCGCCGAGCCGGUCCCGGGCGGGAGGGAUACGCACCUCGUCUGCCGUGUCAUCGGGCAGCACUAGACCUCCGGGCCGGAAGGGGGCGCACUGCGGUGAGGCCGCAUAUUCGCAGCAGAGCGGAAGUGGUAGUUCUUUUCCGGCGGAGCGCAGCCAUGGCUCGCGGCCCCAAGAAGCAUCUGAAGCGUGUAGCUGCGCCCAAGCACUGGAUGCUGGACAAGCUGACGGGCGUCUUCGCACCCCGUCCAUCGACAGGCCCUCACAAGCUGAGGGAGUGCCUUCCACUCAUCAUCUUCCUGCGGAACAGGCUGAAAUAUGCUCUGACAGGAGACGAGGUCAAGAAGAUUUGCAUGCAAAGGUUCAUCAAAAUAGAUGGCAAAGUCCGCACAGACAUCACCUACCCUGCAGGCUUCAUGGAUGUCAUCAGCAUUGAGAAGACGGGCGAGCAUUUUCGCUUGGUGUACGAUACCAAAGGCCGGUUUGCUGUUCACCGCAUCACAGCUGAAGAGGCCAAGUACAAGUUGUGUAAGGUGAGGAAGAUAUUUGUGGGCACCAAAGGAAUUCCUCAUCUGGUCACUCACGAUGCCCGCACCAUCCGCUAUCCGGACCCCCUCAUCAAGGUGAAUGAUACGGUCCAGAUUGACCUGGAGACGGGCAAGAUCACAGAUUUCAUCAAGUUUGACACAGGUAACCUCUGUAUGGUGACCGGUGGUGCCAAUUUGGGCCGUAUUGGGGUGAUCACCAACCGGGAGAGACACCCUGGGUCAUUUGAUGUGGUUCACGUGAAGGACGCCAAUGGCAACAGCUUUGCCACCAGGCUCUCCAACAUCUUCGUUAUUGGCAAAGGCAACAAGCCGUGGAUCUCCCUGCCCCGCGGAAAGGGCAUCCGCCUGACCAUUGCUGAAGAGAGAGACAAGAGACUGGCGGCCAAGCAGAGCAGCAGCUGAACUCCAGUUGGGGCUGGCAGUGGUCCUUUCACUGUAUCAAUUAAAGUGUUUACCAACCAGC